GCAACUUCUUUGAUGGACAAAUAGUUCAGAUAAUCAGAAAAUUAAGAGAAACUAAUUUAGAUAAAUCGAUCCUAAAACAUCAGAUUAAUAAAACAUACAUUUCAACUAUUUAUGAUAGUAGAGACUCUUGUAAUAAUAAGUAGGUACUUUUUUUAAUAUAGGUUAAAUUUUUAUGCUAUCAUAUUAUCAACUUUAUACUCCAUUUAGAAAAGAGCCCACUAGAUUGUGGGUCUCUUUUUAUUAUAGUUGUCAAGGGGGUAAUUGCUUUAAAAAUAAGUAUGAAUAUUUUAAUUAAGAAAUCUCUGCACAGGUAUUUCACCAUCUGAAAAAUAUCAAGACUUUUAUUGUUCCAACUCUCAAGAUUUUAACUUGUUUCGAUAUAUUCUAAGUUUUAUUCUUAUUUUGAUCGUUCUUAUUAUGAUCUUCGAUGUAUACAGAAUGAUGAAAAUAAAUAAUGAAUUGAAAAAUGAGAUUUUAUCAUCAAACCUUAUUUAUAAGGCCAAGAAAUAUCAAAUUUUGAUAAUACUGCUAUUAUUUUCAUAUUAUACUAUCCUGUUCAUUUUCAUUUUUGGAAUAGAUGGAGAAUGUAAUCAAUAUUAGUAUUACUUAAGAUGGUAGUGCAUUAGGUUCAGCAUUUUUUGUUGGAUUUUCAGGAUUCUUAACCUACCUGGUUAUCAUUCUUUAUUUUCGAUAUCUAAAAAGUAGGUUAACUAGAGAAUCUUAUUUUGAAAAACUUUUAAAUGAAGGACUUGAUGAAUCUGAUUUAAAACAAAACUUUGAAUUCAAAACAGUUGAAUGCAGAGAAGAGAGAUUCUAUUCAGUUCCAGAAUCAGAUAAUUGA